CAAAGUUGAAACCUGGGCCCAUUGAAUCUCUAUUCAGGUACUUUACAUGCAAAUGAGCUAUCUGGCCACCGGCGAUCGAACCAGUUUGACCGCUACAUUCCACUCUCCCUAUAUUGUUUUCGCCCUCGAAGACAGAGUUUUUUGCCCAUGGCAGGACUUUCACCUGCAAGUCACAGGCACUUAUUUCUGUUAUUAUUUAGUACCUGUGUUGUAAGUCCAGGGAUGAUAUCACGGCACCAAAAGUAACGGGAACCAGUGUGUACACGGUAUUAAAAUGUAACGGGAAUCCCGGUCUAGUCCGUUGCAUUCCCUACCUUCAUGUUACAUUUGGUGCCGUAGAUCAAUCCUGGAUUUGUAGGUAUGAAAUUGAAAUAAUCUGCAAGAACAUAAACUUUUUCGUAAUCUCAAAUCAACAAGAAAUGACUAAAAGGACGGUUAGGAGGUUUCUUUAAUGUUAAAAAACAGAGGCCGAACAGACUCGUAUUUCCUCCAUCUUAUUCAUUAGAGCACACAACGCAAACACUACAUUCGCUUUAAAGUUUAUUUUUAUCAUACGAAUAAACAUGGUAAGAAUUAAUAAUUAUCAUUCUUCUACGUGCGGAAGAUUAUAAAGUAAAAUUUCCCGCAAAAUGAAAGUACAUUGAAAUUCCAAGGAAUAUCCUUUUGAAAGAAAGAGAAAAUUAAUAACGACAAUAUCGGAAGAAAAUAAUUGAAGUCUGAUGGAUGUAAAAAGCUUGAUUAUAAAUGUUAUUUCAUUAAUGAGAUUUACAAAAAAAACAAAAAAAGUACAUUUCCAAGGAAAUGUUGUUUCGAAACAAAUGUUAUGGUCUAUGCCGAAUUCACAAAUAAGUAGUAAUAUUUGAUAUCUAUUUUUUUUUAGGCUGCGUGAGGUGAUACAUAUAUGGGAGCAGGCGUUAUAUCUUUAACAACCCUCUCAUACUUUGAAAAAGAGCUGACAUGAACAUGACUGUUUAUAUGGAUACAGUUCAGUUUGAAGGAGUGGAAUUUUAAAGCAAGCAAAAUGUACAAAAGUGGCAGAAGAGUUACCUUUGCAGAGAAGAAAAACCAAGGAGUGGACUUCCUUACAUAUAUGAGGUCUGAAAACAUAGACUUUAUUGGUUUGACAAAGAAGGAUCUUCAGACAAUUUAUAUCGAUAGAUACGUGGAAGAAAAAUCGCGAAAUGUCCCAAAAAAGAAAAUUUUAGCUUAUGGGCCUGUGAUACAGGCCUUGUUUACCUGUGGUCAGCUUCAUUUGAGAGGCAUUCACAUCCAUAAAGGGCCCGCAGCUCCCCCCUAUCUCAACUCGCACAGAAAAGGAAGCGGACUGAAUGAGUACCAAAACAACAGCGAUCCUAAUGUAGGGAGAUUCCACAGAAGAACUCCGCCCCACAAGAGGUUUGGGCAGGUGGCAGUUAACCAGCAUGUGGUCAUCAAUCGCAGCCACUCUCCCACCCCAGACCGAAGUCAUAGCUCCUCCCCAGCGUCUGACAGCAGCAACAAAGCUCAGGCUGGCAGUAUCCGGCUUGGACAAACCCAGCCUUCGAUGGAUAUUGAGAACAUCAAGCGGAUUGGGAACUAUUACGAAUGUACGAUUUGUGGCUCAAGGUCCACGUCAGCAGCUGAAAUGGGAAAACACUCCCAGGGGAGAAGACACAGGCUAGGAGUCGUCACCUUCGAACUGAAAAAACAAAGGGAUUAUCUGAUCAAAGACAGAGAGGGCAUCUCCAUAACAUCAGACAAUGCGGAAUACGCUAGCGGAACGUACCACAUACAGAUCAAAGAAAACAUUAAAAAAACAAUGUUCCUGAAGGUCGAGAAUCAGACUCGCGAGGCAGUGAAUUUGUUACAUUGUGAGAUGUUGAAGAGAAUGAGGGUGUUCAAACUCGAUGACAUGAAGAAAGUGACAGAGGGCCAGGGGAUGGUGUCGUUAAUCCCAGGGAGUCAUUACAUCAUCAAAGUCCAUGCCUGUGCCAGGGGUUUGGGAACAUUCCAUGUUCCCAUUGCUUUUCAUCUGCGUCGGGCAUCUGGGAAAGAAUUCCACAUCAUUCGCUACCUAAACGCCAAGUGUGUCAGCGACUUGAUAGAGGAAUUGAAGCCCACUGCCCCUUAUAAACCCCCAACACGAGCCGCAGAGUAUCAGGAGUCCGUGGAGACCGUCCCAGGCUACAAGCCCCCUAGGUUGACAGAGGAUAACCUGCAUCGAUCCAUACCCCUGAGGAGUUACCAGAUAAGUAGUCAAAUGAAAACAAUGAUCAAGAAGAAGCUCAAGACCUCAGAAUGUACCAAUCAGGCCGAGAAACUAGAAAUGACAGCCACCAGAAAAAUUCUGAAAAAUCCCUUGAGUAAGAAUACAUACCAGAAGAGAUUCAGUAUAUUGAUGAAUGUAGAGGAGUUACAAAUGCAAGCAGACAUCCGCCAAUACGACAUGCCAGAUGCUCCGAUGAAGAAAUGUCUACACAAUAAACGAUUACUGAUGCUGGAGGUGCCAGGGUUGGCUGAGAACAGGCCCUCAGUCCUAAAAGGUGAUCAACUGUAUGUCCGCAAAUGUGGUAAUGGUCAGAAAGAAUACGAGGGCUAUGUCCACGAGGUUCAGCAGAAGGAGGUGGCUCUGGGAUUUCAUGACAGUCUGGUGUCCAAUUUUGUCAACAACAGUAAAUUCAGCGUGCGGUUCAGUUUUAAUCGUCUCCCUCUGAAGCUGCAGUACCGCGCCUGUGUGCUCGCGAUGGAGGACGGUCUGGACGGUCUUCUGUUUCCAACCCCAAACAACAUUUGUACUCGAGGGCUGUACAGUAUCUCCAAAAAGCGAAAAUUUUUUGACAAGAAGAUUGAGUCAAACCAGGAGCAGCAGUUAGCGGUGACCAACAUUGUAACGGGGACUUCUCGGCCUGCACCCUAUAUUGUGUUUGGGCCCCCCGGAACGGGCAAAACUGUCACCAUUGUAGAGGCCUUAUUACAGAUCUACUACUUUAAGUCAGACUCCCACAUCUUGGCCUGCGCUCCGUCAAACAGCGCAGCCGACCUGCUGGCUGAGCGUAUCCUCGGGAGCAAAGUAGUGUCAAAGAAAAGUCUGUUACGGCUGAAUGCUGCCUCCAGAAGCUGGUCCAGCGUGCCUGAUAAAAUCAAAGACUGCUGUAACUACGGCAAGAUGAGUGGUCAGUAUUAUUACCCCAGAGUGGAGGACCUGAUGCAAUAUAGAGUCAUCAUCACAACGCUCGUCACUGCUGGAAGACUGGCAUCAGCAAAUUUUCCAGCUGGUCACUUCAGCCAUGUUUUUAUUGACGAGUCGGGCCAGGCUAUUGAGCCAGAGGCCUUGAUAUCAAUAGCUGGGAUCUUGACCGUGGACCCAGGCCUAGACUGUGGACAGCUCGUUUUGGCAGGGGACCCUCAGCAAUUGGGACCAAUCCUCAGAUCUCGGAUAGCUCAGCAAUAUGGAUUAGGAACAUCAUUAUUGGAGAGAUAUAUGAAUGAAGUGCAAGUGUACAAACGCAGAGAGAACGAGGAUUACCCGAAUGGUCACUAUGACAACAGGCUUAUUACUAAACUCCUAAGGAACUACCGCUCUCAUCCUGCAAUCUUAAACUAUUCCAAUGACACAUUCUAUGAUGGUGAACUUGUGUCAAAUGCUGAUGAAGGCAUAAGAACAAGUCUUUGUGAUUGGGAGGAGCUACCAGCUCGGAAUUUCCCGAUUAUUUUCCAUGGGGUCAUUGGUAAGGACCAGAGGGAAGAGAGAAGUCCGUCGUUCUUUAACCCCGAGGAAGCAGCUAUUGUGUACAGUUAUGUGAGGAAGUUAUUGACAGAGAAGAGGAGGGGGCUACGAAUUGAACAGAAGCAAAUAGGGAUUAUCACUCCAUACAGGAAGCAGGUCCAGAAGAUUCGACAUUUACUCCAGAAGAAGGGCAAGUUCCAAGAUGUGGAUGUCGGCUCCGUAGAAGAGUUUCAGGGCCAGGAGAGACUGAUUAUCAUUGUCUCCACAGUCCGAUCUAAUCCCGAGUUCCUCUCACUGGAUCUCAGCUACAACCUGGGAUUCCUCAGGAACCCUAAGAGACUCAACGUUACCUUGACCCGUGCCAAGGCUCUGCUUAUUGUGAUAGGUGACCCCAAUACUCUAUCACAGGACCCAUACUGGAAAGGGUUUAUCGACUUCUGUAUCACCAAUAAAGCCUACACUGGCGUGGAUUAUGUUGAAGAUGAUGAGAUGGUGGAGGACAUCAUUCAGAGAUUGGACGCCAUCAACAUUAAUGCUAGCCUGCUGGACAGUGAUGAUGAUGAUCCAGGGGAUGAAUUAAUUAAGGCCAGUGAACACGAUGAAAAAGAGUGGAGAGGAGAAAUCUGAUCAGCUUAGUCUCAGUCACAAUCAUCCAAGGCAGUACAGGCUGCGAAAACCAUUCCUUCAGAAGAUGUCAGGCUCCUACCUAUAUAUCAUCUUUUUAAUUACAGAAAAACUCAUAAUAUUUUGUAACUGUUGGUGUGGUAUCGGAGAUAUGCAAAUGUGUCAGACCUUGGUUUUAGUUUGCAUGGUAUGUAGAUCAAUUAAUGCCUAAUUAUUCUGUUAACUUAGAUUUUAUUUGUUGUAUAGGAUACUUGUGACUGCAUGCACAAAUUCGAAUGUUACAGGUGGCUUUUGAUUUUUUUGAUGUAGCAAGAAAAACCUUUGCCUGUUAAGGUCAAAAUGAGCUUCUCUUCUCAUUCAUUGAUACAUAUGUAUUGGUAUAUUGAAUGUGCCAGAUCUUUUCCUCAUUUUUAUUGUUCAAACAUGAUAGUGCCGGAUACUCUUGACCGUGCUGUUUGUAGUGUAACAGUAGUCUUGUUUUUUUCUGUCUGAUAAUUCCUUUUGAAGGAAAAUAGAAGAAAAAACAUUCCUGUAACAAAUUAUGAAAUACUAUUCCUACAAGUGCAUGAUAAAAAUCUGGCACUGCAACUGAAUUUGCUACAAUCAGAAAUUUGAAAUUGUAAAUCAUUCAGCGAAUGUAACCACUCUUGAUUAAUUAUCAACAAAAAAAGCUAUUCUUGAUUGUCAAAAACAACUGUAUCAUGAACUUUGGACAUUUUGCUAAAUGACCAUUGGUGGUAACUAUGCUGGAGCAGACCGACAAUAUUUAGCAGAAUUUCAUCUUGUUUUACACUAGAUGUGUACAUUGCUAUUUUCCUGGAGUUUUUUUUUUUUGUUUUUUUUUUAAUUUUCCCCUAUUUUGAUUUUGUAUUUUGGUUAAGUGGUCCUGUUUUGAUUUUUGUUUUGAAGUUCAAAAUUGAUGUUUUAACAUGUUGGUAGAACAAGCUAAGUAAGGUGAUGACACAUUAUUAAAUCCUGAACAUUGCAGCCCUUAUUGAAAUGCUCUGGAAACAGACUUCAGAGAGAACAUGUUAUUUUAAACAGGAGUGGGGGUUGUGGUUUCAGCCAUUGACAUUCCUCUUGGAGAGAGUGAGAGGUUGUUAAAUACAAAAUGUAUGUACUGUAAACAUGUGCUGUUAAUUACGAAUACACGUAGGGUUUAAUUACGUGAUGUCAGGAUCAUUGAUUAAUGAAUUGAAUAGCUAUGGGAAUAGUACGUGUGGGGGUAAUUUACAGAAAAAUCUGGUACAUGGAACCACGUGUUUAGUGUACAUAUCUCCUGUGCGUAAAUUUCCAUGUUUACAGUAAAUGAGCACAAUGGAUGUGCAGAACUUCUGUAAAUCGUGUACUAUAUACACAAUUUGUUGAGUACCAACAGUCAGAUUUAUUGAUGUGUAUUGUUCUCUCAAUAUUAUUUUAAAACUCUUUCUUUUAUAGAUUCUUACAAUUUUAAAAUGAAUUAUUCUUGUGAAUGCUUUGAUGUAAAAUAUAUCAACAUUUGCUAAUUCUUUAAUGUUCUGUUAACUUUUAUUUUCAAAUGUUUUACUGGUUUUAAGUUGCAGUUGUCUUCCUUUGAAAAGCUUUCGUUAUUUUAGCCAUUGAUUUUAAAUAUGUGAAUAUAGGAAGAAAAAAAAGGACAGCUAUUGUCAGUAUGUUUUAUUAUAAGCAUAUCAGGACCAGUCACACAUAACAUAUAGGUCUUUUUUUCUUCUUAAAACAUCACCCCUAUCUUUAAGUUUUAAAUUUUAUCUUCACACAAAAUAUUUUUAUAUGGCUUUUUACACCAAGAAUGAUUCUAUACUAUCAACUCAUACCACACCUGUAUCAGCUGUGCUAUCCUGUACAGUGCAGGUACAACUAGAUGAUUAUUUACUAGUCUUCAAAAAUUAAUUGUUAAGUUUGGUUAUGGUGAUAACCUGAUGUCGCAUCUGCUUUUUUUUUAGAAAUGUUAAAUCUGUGAUACUGUGAAGACUGAGGACAGUGUAUUAUAAAUAUGUAUGUCAUGACGAGGGUCAACACAGAUUAGAAAAUGUCUUUUUAUAUUGUCAUAUGUCUGUCAACACAGAGUAAGAAAAUGUCUUUUAAAUCGUCAUACAUCUGCACAAAUGUUUGAAUGACCGUACAAGAUAGAGGCAGCCAUAUUUUAAUGUAUUAAUGAUAUGUCAUUUAUUCAAAAGAUCUCACAAGACAUGGUAUCAGUUUAGCUGAUAGCUAUGCUUUGCAGUUGUUCAUUCUAUCAGAUGUAUUCCUGUACAUUGCAUCUCCAAGGACCAUCUGAAAGUAUAUCUGGAGACAUGGUUUUGACAGAAUUCAUUAAGUUUAUUUGAGAUAUGGCCACUUAUUCUUGAUAAUCUUCUACAGAAAUAAAAUGAUGUUACAGUUUCAA